CUGAGCGACGCCCAUCAUGAGCGGUCACGAGAGCCUCUUCCGCUCGGCGGAGAUGAGCCUCGUACAGCUCUACAUCCCCAGCGAGGUCGCUCACGACACUGUGUACGAGCUGGGCGAGCUCGGAAAUGUUCAGUUCAAGGACCUCAACCCUGAUGUGACUCCUUUCCAACGCUCGUUUGUCUCGGACAUUCGCCGACUCGACGAGAUGGACCGCCGCGUCCGCUUCCUGUACUCGCAGAUGGAGGCUGAGUCCGUACCCGUCCGACCGCUCGAGUCUGCGCUUCCGUUUGUCAACACGAGCGACCAGCGCGGCCCUCAGCUGAUGGACGAGCUCAGCGUGCGGCUUCGUGAGCACGAGGAGCGGCUGGGACAGAUGAACGGAAGCUACGAGCAGCUCCAGCGUAGGCUCCUCGAGCUCGAGGAGGCUCGCCACGUGCUCAGGGAGACUGCCGUCUUCUUUGACCAAGCCGAAGGUCGCCAAGACGCCAUCAGGACAAGCACCGACGACGCCAAUGCUCCUCUGCUCGAUGAUGUCGAGAGCCGCGGGCUUGCUGGCGGCCAGAACGAAUCAGGCUUUGGGACUUUUGACCUGGAAUUCGUGGCGGGGACCAUUGACCGGACACGGAUGGCGACCUUUGAGAGGAUUCUGUGGCGUGUGCUUCGUGGUAACCUCUACAUGAACUAUGCCGAGAUCGCCGAGCCCUUUCACGACCCAUCCAAGGAGGAGCCGGUACGCAAGAAUGUCUUCAUCAUCUUCGCCCACGGUGCCGAGCUCCUGGCCAAGAUUCGAAAGAUCAGCGAGAGCAUGGGCGGAACACUGUACCCCAUCGACAGCAAUCCAGACAAGCGAGAAGACAGUCUCCGAGAAGUCACCAACCGCAUCGAGGACCUCAACAACGUCCUUUACUCGACCAGCGCGACGAGGCGGACAGAAUUGGUCAAGAUUGCAGAGAGUCUCAGUGCUUGGGCUGACGUGGUCCGCAAGGAGAAGCUCGUGUACGCGACAAUGAAUCUCUUCAACUACGACUCGAGGCGCAAGACGCUUAUUGCCGAGGGCUGGUGCCCUAAGAGCGGUAUCGGCUCUGUUCAAUUGGCACUCCGUCGAGCCACCGAAAAUGCGGGCACGUCGGUACCUCCCGUGCUUCAGGAGCUCAAGACGAGCCAGACACCUCCGACUUACCACCUCACCAACAAGUUCACAAGCGGUUUCCAGUCGAUCAUCGACGCCUACGGCUUCGCAUCCUACCAGGAGGUCAACCCUGGUCUCUUCACGGUCAUUACUUUUCCUUUCCUGUUCGCCGUCAUGUUCGGUGACGUUGGCCACGGCACAAUCAUGUUCCUUGCGGCAUUGAGCAUGUGCGUUUACGAGCGCAAGCUGGCCAAGGCAGGUCUCGGCGAGAUCUUCGAGAUGUUCUUCUACGGCCGCUACAUCAUUCUCCUGAUGGGCCUCUUCUCCAUCUUCACCGGUUUCAUGUACAACGACAUUUUCAGCAAGUCGAUGCACCUCUUCCACUCAGGCUGGAAGUGGCCCACAGACCAGCCGCCGAACGCGACGUUGGAGGCCAUUCCGCUGGGCCGUGUCUAUCCAUUUGGACUUGAUCCAACAUGGCACGGCUCCGACAAUCUCCUCGUCUUUACCAACUCGCUCAAGAUGAAGAUGUCGAUCAUUCUCGGUGUCCUGCACAUGUCGUUCGCUCUCUGCCUCAACAUCCCCAACGCCAUCCACUACAAGAAGCCGGUCAACAUCUACGGCGAAUUCAUCCCAAAGAUGCUGCUGCUGCAGUCCUUGUUCGGUUACCUCGUCUUUGUCAUCGUCUACAAGUGGACGACGGACUGGUAUGAGCAGGAUGCAAACGGCGUCGUGUUCCGGAAUAACCCGCCGAACCUUCUCAACACGCUCAUCUACAUGUUCCUCUCGCCGGGCAAGGUCGACCCCAAAGAGGAGAUCUUCCCUGGCCAGGCAUUUGUCCAGGUCAUGCUUCUCUUGCUUGCGUUCAUCUGCAUCCCCUGGAUGCUGCUCACGAAGCCUUACGUCGAGUGGAAGGAGCACAAGGAGCGCGAGGGCCAGGGCUACAGGAGCGUCACGAACGAGGCUGCUGCUCGCCCUUCGGCGGACCUCCUCAACGACGAUGAGGACGAUGAUGCCGGUGAAGGUCACAUCAUUGGUCAAGGCAACGGUGGCGAGGGAGGAGGCCACGGUGGAGGUGGCCACGGCGGCGAAGAGGGCGAGCACGGCGAAUUUGAAAUCGGCGAAGUCUUUAUCCAUUCAGUCAUCGAGACGAUCGAAUUCGCCCUGGGUACCGUGUCGCAAACAGCCUCGUACCUGCGUUUGUGGGCCCUGUCUUUGGCCCACGCACAGCUUAGCGAGGUAGCGUGGAAGAUGACGAUUGAGAACGUCUUUGGCAUGACUGGCAUCGUCGGCGUCUUGGCCACCGUCGCUGCGUUUGCUGUCUGGAUUACCCUGAGCAUUUGCGUCCUCGUCGUCAUGGAGGGCCUUUCGGCUUUCUUGCACGCAUUGCGAUUGCACUGGGUCGAGGCGAGCUCCAAGCAUUAUAUCGCCCAGGGUUACGCUUUCCAGCCACUCAAGUUCAAUGAGGAUGACUUCUGAAAAUUGCACUUGUUCUCCCUCGCUCUCCCCUCUUUCUCUUUGUCUCUCGUCACUUCGUAGGACGCAAAUCAAAGCAAUUCAAUCCAAUAAUCCUGUCUUCUCACAACAACUCCUGG